AUGGCGCCAAUCCAGCCAGCCUCGAAGAACGACCCUGCGUCGACCCGCCCGCGGCUGCAAGCCAUUAACCAGGACUUUUCCGACCUAGACGAACAAAUUUCACAAGUUGCGCAUAUAAUAGGUCUUCCUGAAGAUUGGACCACUGUGACAGAAGAGGAAGUAAAGGCCAGGAUCAUACAGCGACUUGUGCGCGCAAGAGCGGAAUGGGUUUUGCGAUGGAUACUUGACAAACUGAAGGAUGAUUUGGAAAUAGGGCGCACAGCGCGGGGAAAUGCGAACGCAUGGCAACUUCUUGAAUGGAUGAUUCAAAUCCUUCCUGUUUCGAGAAGCGCAUCUCAUUUACGCGACGCCAGUUUCCCGAGCAUUCUUGAGCGAGCGCUUGUUGAGAACUUCGACAAGGAACCUACUGUGCAGCCUGCAAGCGCAUCCGAGGAUGUUCACAUGAAUGACGAUUCCGAGUCGAGCGCGACCGUCCGGGAAGACAGCAAGCCAUCUAAGAAACGAAAGCGCGGAAUUGUGCAAAGUCCACCCUUGAGAACGGCAACUCUCGAUCCAGCAAAACUCGGUCAUCUUUUUCGCGUAAUUCGAUCUAUCGUAGCCUCGAUAACCGCUUUGGCCGCAGGAAACAAGGGCGACGAUACUACUCAAGCGGAGCUUAUGAAGAUGGUCUUGAGGACCGACAGUGCGGAAGCUUCACGGAUCCUGAGGUUCUGGCUCACGAGCGUUCACCGAAUUCUAAGCACUCCUUCAAAAAACACACAUCUGGACCCCUACUGGACAGAAUUCGUCGACCUCUCCCUACCCUACGGAAUCUGGGAUCUACGAACAGUGGAUGCAAAAGAUGAGACUGGUGCGUCUGCUGAAGAGUUCAGCACAGAGUGCCUUGUUCCUACAUUGGAUCUUCUCGUAUACCUACAGGAUUUACGCGACGGAGGUGUCUCGAAUGUUCCUUCUUAUGCAGUUAGUCGCGCGAUUGGAGCAUUGGACAAGUCAUUAACUAGGCAUUUAUUUGCGCCUUCGAGAGCGGCUUUCUUUGGCGAGACCAGCAGUAGAUCUUCUUCGGGCGAAGCCCCAAAGCCGCGGGACGCCCAAGUGUUGGCCAGCAACUUGGAACCUCUGCGUGCGAAGCUCCUCCAAGCUGCGCAGAUUGAGGAUGGCGGCGAUGUUCUGCCAACAAGACUUGCAUCCCUGUUCGACGCAGUCCCCCACUUAUUAGAUUUGGUCAUCCGCGUAUCCCCGUCUCGAACACCGAAAAGCAGGGCCAUGGAGAAACCCUGGCUGCAAGCUGUCUUUUCUACACUUGCUGAGUGCGCGGGAUGUUCACUGACGACUCCUCCGGAGUUCAUCACACGCCAAACCGCGGUCGCUGCUCUCAGUGCUGCUUUGCGUGUGCUGCAAGUCCAUGAAGUUACUCUUGGUUCAGAUCUCGUCAAGACCAUCUUUUGGUACCAUUGCGGAGUCAAAUACCCAGAAGGUCAAGAGAAGAAGGUGCAUUGGUCCCUAAUUGCAUCUUUGAUCGAGCUUGACUCCUCGGUAUUCGUCAUAGGAUCGAAAUCAGGCAGCAAAGGAACACAAGCAGACCAUACUGAGCUUGUUGAGUUCAUUUUCGAGCAGAUAUCUGCAGUGGAGUUGAGCGGUCAAGGGUUUCUUGAUGAGAAGCAGGCCCAGAAGACUGAGAACCAGCCAGAAAUUACCAGAAACUCACAAUUGACAAGAAAAGCAAUUCUAGAGAAGGUUAUUAUCCCUCUCAUGUCGGCCUUUGUACGAAGUCGCAACUUGCUAGGCUUCAUUCGCAGAUGGGAUGAUCAGUUGAUCAAAAGCUACAGACAUGGGAAACGCAAGGCUCUUAAAGAUCGACAAGAUAUCAUUUGGCAAGAUCGCGCCCUCUACACUGCCUUGGCAGGUGUUUUUGAACAGUCUCUCACUCUGGGUCAAAUCAAGAUUCUUAUUCAAGAUCAUGAAGAGCGUUUGGCGACACUGAAAGAGGCAAUGGAAGCAGCGUCCAAAGAAGAUGUAAAGGUCAAGAAGCUCGCAGCUUACAAGAACGCGGCAAGCAGCGCUGUCCUCAUCCCCGCUUUCCUUCAAUCCAUUCGAUCAGACAACACCGUCGAGAUGCUGAAGUUUGACCUUCAGCUGUUGUUUUCCAUUUAUGUCACUUGGGUACAAGAUGACGCCUACAGCUUCUACACGCAGCCCCACCUUUCUUGGUUCACAUUGUGCCAAUUGCUAGUUGAUCUCUGGCCAGUUCAUAUGCACGCUUCUUUCCGGGAACAGCAGGAGUUAUUAUAUCCGCUAUUUGAGCAGGCUACCAAGGACAUCUCCUCUGGACGCAAAGACAAAAGCCGAAAUGUGGACUCGUCCUCACGAGCGGCUGCUAUGCUUUUCUCCUUCAACGCAUGCGAUCGCCUUCAAACAGUGCCUGGUUCUGAAGAUGUCAUCCGUAAUGGGAUGCAAAAGAUCCUAGAGAAUCUCUCUCCUACGCAGUUGGGAGAUGAAGACGGUAAAUGCAUGGUAGAAGUUUUCUGUAGCAACUUCAUCAAUUUGCUCGAGCCUCUUGAGGCAAAUGCUUGCUGCGAUACGAUAUGCAGGAUCUUGUCCAGACUUCCUCAGCUGGGAAAGAUUUCUAGCGAUCUCAUCUGCAGGUCCCUCUCUGAGUCUGUCGCCAAGAGCGGGAGCGCAUCAACUCAAAGUGCUUAUUCUGCAGCACUUUUGAAAGCUCUGGGACAAGAUGUUGAUGAUGGCAUCUAUACUGCAGUCGCAGAAGCCAUCCUUCACAUCAAUCCUCAGGCGCUUGCUCGCGAACAGAGAAAGUUGAUACUGGACCGUACAACUGAGCUUUUGAUCUCCGGGAAAUCCAAUCCAGUUGAGCUUUUGGGCGUCGUCGACCACCUCCAGUACGUGCCGAAUGCAUCGGCACAAGUGUCAACCGAAGCCACCGUGCUUUUCGAUAUUGCGGAGCAACUCCAUCAACAAGACGUGGAAACGGAGACCGUCCUACAGCUUCUUAGAGGGCUUGUUCAAAAGACACUGAUGCAAAUUCUACCGAACCAAACCCAGUCAAAAAACAAGGAGUUUGUCAUCGAAUUCACAGGGAGAUUGCUUUCCAUCACCAAGGCUAGAGAUCAGUGCUCAUUAGCGAGGCUCUCAAUUCUCCGAGCGACAUCAUCAGCCCAGAAACAGAACACUCUUCUGCAUAUUGAGCGAUACAUCGAUCUCCUGAAGAAGUUGCUCAGCAGUCCGGACAUUGAUGUGCUACAGGGUUCUCUCGAUGCUUUCAACGACCUAUCGAUAUCUGCAUUGAGAGAAGCCAAGUUGUUCGACCGUGUCCAGACUUGGCUCCGGACGUGGAUCAAGGAUGCUGUGGACCUUGAUCAAUACCAAGCACCUGACGUCGUGAUUCGAUCUGACGUCGUCGAAUAUGUCGCGCGUGUAUACAACUUGGUUACGAAGUUCGAGUUGUAUCCUGAUAUGACAUGGCUAGUACGCUUGACGCUCACGCUUGUACAAUGGAGCCCGGUUUCUAUGCAGAAUACCGUGCACACUACACUUAAAGAUGCACUCACACCUCUCGCCGUCUACGAGAAAUUGGAUUUGAUUGCAGUGUUGACUGCUGAUCAAAAGUUACCGAACUCUGCCGCGGCAUAUCGCAUCCUCAACAACCUUGUCUCAACAAUGGACGACAAGCUUGAGGUUAAUGCUGAGCUGAAACAAAAGCAGCUGGCAUUGUUGCCCAAACUCUGUGCUUUACUUGCUGAUUGCACCGACUAUGAGUCAUUCAACAGCCUCCUCAGCUGUAUAGACACCAUCUUGAAUGAUAAGCCUUCACUCGCGUCGCAAUACAGUAUCGAGUGCGCUUUCGGCAUGCUUGUCAAGCUGACUUCGCGAAGCAGCCCUGCACUGUCCUCUCGAUAUGCUCCAUCGGUCUUUUCAAGGCUUUGUCAUACGAGUCGCCUGAUCCUACUUGUACACAGGGGUCGCCUUGGUGGACGCUUUCACCUCUUCUUGCCGCUCUUGCAAGGCCUCUUGUUCUGUUUGUUCAUCCCAAAUGCUAGUCGAAGCGGCGCACUACCUUCAUGGUUACGAACCACUGUAGCCACAGAGCCCAUACGACUCACAGCUGCCAACGCUUCAGAGUUCACGCGGCUGCUCUCUACACUUUGUAACCCCCCACAGUCUUCAAUCACAAAAGCACACCAACAUCACCAAUCACGCAAAUCCAAGGAUCUCAACGAUCCGAUCAAAGCAGCUCGUGAGAAGGCGAGUAACUUCUUGUAUCCACUCCUUGCGUCAUUCUGUCGCUUCCAGCUCAACGGAAGGCUAGAUCAGAGUGUCAGAGAGAAGCUGAUGCCUGGCAUCUGGGAGGUUGUCGGCACGGCGAGCCUGCACAGAGAGACACUGGACGCAAUGUUUGCCGGUCUAGGCAGAAGUGAGAGGGACAUCUGGAAGGGCCUAUGGGAAGAUUGGGAGGGGGUCCACGGGAGGAGACAGGUUGUCGGUCAUGGAGAGUGA